AAUAAUUUCUCAUUUUGUCACUGCCCGCAAGCGGCACCGGCGCGAAAACAAAAUCCCACAAAUAAUGGGCGCAUGUAGAGCGCUCUUGUCUCCAACAGUUCUAACUGCCAGUGCGUUCAUAGUUAUUGCCUUGCUUUCUAGUGCGGAUUGCCAGAUAUGUAGCAGAAGAGUCAAUUUACUACGUUGGGUUGAUGAAAGUUACGUACAAACUUACAGGGAAUCUUACAAUGGACACUGUUUUUUCCGUUGCAUAAAAUAUCGGACGCGCUCUUACAGAGCUAAUAGAAGAGUGCCGAAAAACGUUGUGGAAUAUAGAGACGAAUGUUGCGUUGGCUAUUAUCGAGCUGAUUCUACGUCUGACAGCUUAUUAGCAAGGGAAAGAAUUAAGUGUGAACCGAUAUGCAUACCAUCGUGUAAAAAUGGCUAUUGCAAAAAGCCAGGACAGUGCGCCUGCCACGAAGGUUACGAACUCAAAAUCUGGACAUGCGAACCCGUGUGUAGUAUGAACUGUGGCCACGGGAAAUGUAUAGAGCCGAAUAAAUGCCAAUGUGAUCAGGGAUACCAAUUACAAAACGGUACUUGUGUACCUGUUUGUACGGAGCCGUGUGUCAACGCAACCUGUAUCCUUCCAGAUACAUGCAAAUGCUUUGAUGGGUAUAGAAAAACUGAGAACAACCUUUGCCUUCCCUACUGUUUCAGUGGUUGCGCUCACGGUGCAUGCGUGGGUCCAGAUAAUUGCAGCUGUGACCAUGGUUGGUAUAAAAAAGAAAAUGCGUGUGCGCCGAAGUGUGACCAAGAUUGUGGUGGUGGUACCUGUGUAGAACCGAAUGUUUGCAAAUGUUACUUUGGUUAUGAGAUGUCGGAAAACGGAACUUGCACACCUCAUUGCUCCAAUGGGUGUAUCUAUGGAACUUGUAUUAGCCCAGAAAACUGUACCUGCAACGAUGGGUACAGAAAACAUGCUGAAGAUGAAGUUUGCUUACCCGUUUGUGAUUUUGAUUGCGGCAUUGGCGGUACAUGUGGUGCCCCAAACCAUUGCAACUGUCACAUCGGAUAUGAAAAGUCGGAAAACGGAUCGUGUGUUGCCGCUUGCAACAGCGAUUGUAUUCAUGGAACUUGUUACAGUCCACAUAUCUGUACUUGUAACGAAGGUUGGGAGAAAAAAUCAGAAAAUGGUACAUGCAUGCCUAUUUGUAGCAUUGAUUGUGGAAAAGGUGGUACAUGCGUUAGUCCGAAUGUUUGCGAAUGUCACAGCGGUCAUAGAAAAUCAGAAAAUGACACCUGCGUACCUCAUUGCUCCAGUGGAUGUCCUCACGGAACUUGUGUUGGUCCCGAGAAUUGUACCUGUGAUGAUGGUUGGUACAAAAAUGAAACUAUUUGUAUGCCACGAUGCGAAAAAGACUGUGGUGGCGGUGAGUGUGUGGCCCCUAAUAUUUGCCAAUGCUACGAUGGCUAUGAUAAUUCCGAUAACGGAACCUGUGUACCGAUUUGCUCAAAAGGAUGUAUCUACGGUACUUGUAUCAGCCCCGAAAACUGCAUUUGUAACGACGGGUAUCAAAAAAUUUCAGAAGAUGGAGUUUGCGUACCGGUUUGUGAGUUAGAUUGCGGAAAAGGUGGUACUUGUAGUGCCCCAAACCAUUGUGAUUGUCACAAUGGAUAUAAAAAAGAUACAAACAAUGGUACAUGUCUACCAGUUUGCGAUUACGGUUGCGGAGAGGGUGGUAUAUGCGAUGGACCGAAUAUUUGCAAAUGCCUCAGUGGUUAUUAUAAAAAAAAUGAUUGGGACUGUUUACCUCAGUGCUCAAAAGGAUGUCCCCAUGGUAAAUGCAUUAGUCCCGAAAAUUGCAGUUGCGAUGUCGGAUGGCAUAAAAAUAUUGAUGAUGACACGUGCAAUCCUGUUUGUGAACACAGUUGCGGUGAAGGUGGCACUUGCAUUGCUCCAAACAUAUGCCUUUGCAACACGUCCUAUGAAAUAACAGUCAAUGGAACAUGCGCACCUCAUUGUAGUCAAGGGUGUCCAAGCGGCAUUUGUGUGAAGCCAGAAAUAUGCCAAUGUCUGGAGGGCUGGAAUAAAAACGAAUUGGGUGAUUGUGUACCCGUUUGUGACAAACCUUGCGGAAACGGUACCUGUGUAGCACCAAAUACUUGCAAAUGUUUCGAAGGGUACAAAGUAGACAAUGAUAAUGUUUUUGAUUUUUUCAAUAAAUCGCUAUGCAUUCCUGACUGUGGCAGAUGUAACGGAACUUGUGUGGCACCAGAUGUGUGUACUUGCGAUUCUCCUUUCGAGGCAGAGUAUGUUUCAGCUGAUGAUGGAUACUGUGACUGCCACUCUAACUGUUCCGAAGACUUAAAAAAAUGUGAUCACAUAGUUUGUGUUACAAAAGAUAUUGACUCCGUUACAGAUGUUAUGAAUAGUAUUCCAACCGAAGUACAUCAAUCUAGUAUCACUUACGGUAACAAUGACGCGGUAACUGACGAGCCUAGAUACUAUGAGAGUGAAUCAGUUACAGCAGACGAUAACAAUAUCACAACUAUAAAUAAUGCUGAAAUGAAUGAAAGUAGGUCUUUGGUAAACGCUUCGAAGAGCAUUUGGUCUCAAUACUGGGCUUAUAUCGUUGGCUCAGUGAUAUUCUUAAUAACUGUUAUAAGUCUAGUUUUAUUUAUGAAGCGAAAUGCGUUAUUAGAUUAUUGUCACGGAGAUACUUAUCCAGUUGAAGAUGAGAGAACCAUAGACUUGUCUUCUUCUUUUUGAUGAAGAGUCGAAUCACUUUGAGCAUAUUUAAUAACAGGGAAAAAGGAACUGCAAAGAGAUUGUUGUUUCUAAAGAAUUUGGGGUCGUCUUGUUGUUCAUUUAUUAUUUACAAGCCUAUUUUAACGGUUCACUACAGAGACAGGCCUCUCUCAUUAUAGGAAAAGGGGAUAUGAAGCUUAAACCCACCACGCUGCCGGUGUUGGGCGCCCCGAGUGGGCGUUAAUUAUAGGGUUAUUGUGAUAAUGCCUAAUUCAUUAUUAUCAUAAUAUGUUAAUAAUGACUGGGACGGGCGUCGUAUCGUCCUCUCCAAGGCACUGGGGUGGACCACCAUCACCUUCCUAAUUCUGGGCUGAGGAAAUUCACUUAAAACCUAGAAGUAUAGUUUGACAAAGUUUCAGCCUUGUGAUAUGUUUGGCUAUUGCAGGCUCAUAGUCCAUUAAGUUUAAGUAUCAUCAUAAUAUAAAUAAGUAUUAUAGAUUU